AUGCCAACCUAAGGUCAAGGUAUAACUUCUAAAGUAGUUGUAAUUUCCUUUACAUGCUUAUGCUGUAAAUGUGUUUACGUGUCUAUAUUUACAAAUUUCCUUAAAGUGUGUAGUAAGUUUUAAAAUGAUUGCUUUUUAUAAUGGGUUUUAUGUUUUUAGGCUUUUGUGUAACGUUUGUGGUAUGAUGCUUACAGAGGAGAGAACUAUAAGUACGAUAUGAGGUUUGAAUUGUAGUCUUACAUUAACCAAUAGAAUUUCUAGUUAUUUUGAGGUGAGACUUCAUCAACAGGCUUACUGUAAGGUUGAUGUGUUGUCGCUAUGCCAACGAAUAAAAGCUUUAGUAAACGGAGAUUGACCUCUAUUUUUCUCCUGUUAGUAGCAGUUAUACAAGUGACUAUAUCAGGGAAUCGUUACUUUAAUAGUUAAUAAAUAAAGAUUUAAGACUUUUAUGAAAAUGAAGAUAAAUUUUGUACAAGAUUUUUUAUCAUCAACUUUUACACGGUUUGGAGAAAUUAUUGGGAAAUAUCCUCAUUAUUUUGUUAUUAUUCCAGUUAUUAUAACUCUUAUACUUGCUCCAGGAAUGAUGAAUAUGACGUAUAAUAGAAAUGUAGAUUAUUUAUUUGUAGCCGAGGGAGGUAGAGCCGAAAAAAAUAGAAACUUUAUGGAAAAAUUGUUUCCUUUAAAUACUUCUAUUUUUACAGAUUUUCCCAGAUUUACUCGGGCUCCUGAAGGUAUUAUCGUAUUUGUCAAAGGAAAGAAAAGCGGUGAUAUGUUGAAUACAAAAAUAUUUACUGAAUUGAACUUAUUGGAUAAUAUAAUUAAAAAUAUUUCUCUUAAUAUCAAUGGAGAUAUAAAAUCUUAUAGUAACUUAUGCGGUAAAAUAUAUAAUAAAUGCAAUCAAAAUCCAAUUUUAGAUUUAAUUCCUCACUCUAAAGAAGUAGCAGCUAGAAAAUUACGUAUUAAAUAUCCUAUAGAUAUAGAUAAUCUCACAUAUUCUUAUAGACCAUAUACUUAUAAUUUAGGAGGAGUUAAAACAGAUGUCUAUAAAAAUGUAGAAAAUGUAGAAGUUGUUAGAUUAUUUUAUAUUCUAGACAAUAAUAUAAAAGAGCAUUCUUGGAUUAAACAAUGGGAAAAGUUAGUAGUGUAUAAAUUAAAAACGACUGAAUUUAAAUACGUUGAAGUGUAUGCCUUUUCACUUUCUUUACUUAGAGACAAAUUAGAAAUUUUUUCAAAAGAAAUAUAUCCAUUAAUAACAAUUGUAGUAGCAACAGUUAGCUUAUUUUCAAUCAUCAGUAACAUGACUAAUGAUUUAAAGAAAAGUAAACCAUGGUUGGGGAUGUCUGCUUGUAUAUCUGCUGGAUUAGCUGUGGCUUCUUCUUUUGGAUUGGCUUCUUUCUUGAAGAUAGAAAAUACCGAUAUGAAUAUCAUGCUUCCAUUUUUAGUUCUUGGAAUGGAAGUAGAUGAUUCUUAUGUAUUAAUUUCAGCGUGGCGAAGUAAUCAUUCUAACGAAACUGUAGAGAAACGAAUAGGAGAAGCUUAUUCUAAAGCAUCUAUAUCAAUUACUAUAACUUCUAUAACCAAUUUAAUUACUGUUUUAGUUGGAAUUUCAGCGCCAUUUCCUAUUGCAAGACUUUUUUGUAUGUACGCAGCAUUGUGCAUUUUAUUUACCUAUUUAUACCAGAUAACUUUUUUUGGAGGAUGUAUGGCAUUUAGCGGAUAUUCGGAAUAUAAUGGAAUAAGAUCCAUUUUACGUUUACAACAGAAAUCUCUACCAGCUAAUGUUUCUACAGAAGAAACUAUAAUGAAAAUAUUCAGAACUAAAUUUUCAAUAUUCCUUUCAAACACAAAAGUUAAAAUUUUACUUUUAUUAUUGUUCUUUAUAAAAUUAUCUUUUGGUUUAUGGGGAUUAAAAUAUUUAGAAAACGGUUUAGAUACUACUAAAAUUUUACCUGCAAAUUCCGAUACAACUAAAAGUGUUAAAUUGUAUUUCGAAUACUUUACGGAUUAUCCGUUUACUAUUCACGUAGCCAUCAAUAAGACCUUAAAUUAUGCAGAUAUAAAUGUUCAAAAAUCUCUUGAAAGAUUAGUUAAAAAAUUCGAGUCCGAUCCUCACAUAGCAGGACCGGAAUUGACUUUAUCGUGGUUAAAAUUUUAUAAAUUAUUCUUAAAUCAUGAUAUAUCAAAGUUCUCAAUGAAGGGUUACAAUUUAUCUCUUAAACAAGAUUUUAUCGAUGGUUUGAGAUUAGUCUUUUUGAAAUUUAAAAUCAAUAUAUGGCAAAUAGAAGAUGAAUCUGAUAUACCAAUAAAAGUACAUUGCGUUAUCGCUGAUGUUAUUGAACAAGGAAUAAUUAUACGUGAUAUUGUCUCACGGUUAGCAUGGAUGACAUCUCUUUCAAUAAUGAUAGUUUUCUUUUGUUUUAUUCCCAAUUUUAUAUACGCAAUCAUAGUUGCUUUGUCUGUAGCAUCUAUUAUAUUCGAAACAAUUGGAUUUAUGGCUUUAUGGAAAGUCAAUUUAGAUAUGAUUUCUCUUUCUGUAUUACUUCUUAGUGUUGGAUUUUCAAUUAAUUACUUAACUCACCUUUCGUGUGCUUUUGUAAUGUCAACGAAGAAAACGGCUUCAGAAAAACUGAGUUAUUCUUUAUAUCAUGUCGGUUAUCCUAUUAUUCAAGUUGCUUUAUUCAGUUGUUUUCAAGCACUUUUUGUGGUUCCUAUUAUUCUAUGUUUUGUUGAAAGUCUUAAAGAGAAAAUAUUCGGUAAUGACCGUUCUGUAAUGGUUCCGAAUGGAGAAGCUAAUUCUACGGGGCUUUCAAUUCAGUUUUCACGUUUAGGAAGAUUAAUCGCAAGACAACCUUUGUACUUUAUUAUUUCACCUAUUAUUAUAACUGCUUUUUUCUGCAUUGGAAUAACGAGAAUUAAAAAUAAUAGAGACAGUGAUAAUUUAUUUACUGCAGAAAAUGGACGAGCCCAUCAGAGUAAGAAAAUUGUGGACUCUCUCUUCUCUAUAAAUACUUCUUCAUUUAUUGAUCCACCUCGUUUGUUAGAGAGGAAUGAAUUUAGUCUUAUUCAAAUAACAGCCAAAGAUGGAGACGAUAUUAUAAGAAAUAUAACUGUGAUUUCGAAUGGUCAAAUUCUUAAAUAUAAAGAUAUUUGUGGACAUAGGUUUAAAAGUUGUUUAAAUAAUUCAAUUUUUGAUUUAAUGCAUCAUUCAGAAGAUAUUUUACAAGGAAAAUAUAAUGUUAAAUUUCCUGUCGAUAUGGAUACUUUUACUUAUUAUUUUAAAUCAUAUAUUUUAGAUGUUGGAGGUGUUACAAUUAAUAAAGAUGGAUAUUUAAGAGAUUUUAAAGCUGCUAGAAUAUUUUAUAUUUUAGAUAUUAGUAAUUCUCAUAAAUUGGAAGCUAUUAAUCAAUGGCAAAAUAAAUUACAUAAAAUAAUAAUAAAAGCAAAAUUUGAUAAUAUAAUUGUAAGCAUUUUAAGCUUAGAAGGUAUAAAAGAAGAAAUAAAACUAUUUAGUGAAGUACUUCUACCACUCAUUCCAGCUGUCAUUUUAAGUGUUUCUGUAUUUUCUUUUUUAACUUGUCUAACUAAUGAUUGGAUUCGAAGCAAACCGUGGCUAGGACCAUCUGCUUGUAUUUCUGCAGGAUUAGCUAUUACAAGUGGAUUUGGAUUGAUGUUUUUUCUUGGAAUUGAAUAUGUCGAUUUCUCAAUUGCUUCUACGUAUGUUGUAUUAAGUACGGAAAUUGACGAUGCUUUCGUACUCAUAGCAGCAUGGAGGAAAACUGAUGCGAAAAAAACCGUUGAGGAACGAAUGGGCAAAACAUAUUCAGAAGCAGCAGUUUCUAUCACAAUAACAUCUGUAACAAACAUUUUAUCUUUCUGCAUAGGAAUGGCUUCUUCUUUUCCAGGUGUUCGAAUUUUCUGUGCGUAUGGAGCAAGUGCAAUGUUUUUUACUUAUGUCUAUCAAAUUACGUUUUUUGGUGGAUGUAUGGCUUUGAGUGGAUAUCGAGAACACCAUAGACUUCAUCCAUUUACUUUCAAACAUAUGCCUAUAAAAGGAACGAAAAAUGAAGAUAUCGAAUGUAAGGACGAGAUAUUCAUGGCAUUUUUUCGAGAUAAAUUUGGAAGCAUUUUAAAGAAAACUAUUGUGAAAAUUAUUAUUGGUAUAUUAUUUUUCAUUAACCUUGGAUUUGGUAUUUGGGGAUUAUGUAUGAUUGAAAGUGGAAAUAACUUUUCUGACGUAUUCACUCAUAAUUCUUCAGUUAAACGAUUUACAGAUUCGAUGUAUCAAUAUUUCGGUAAAUAUACUUAUCCAGUGCACAUAGUAUUUGAUCAACCUUUAAAUUAUGCAGACGAAUCUGUGCAGGUGUCUAUAGAUAAUAUAUUAAAAAAAUUUGAAGAACACCCACACAUGGCAGAUACUUCUUUAAGAUUGUCAUGGUUAAAGUAUUAUAAACUGUUUAUGAAACAUCCCGCUGGGAAAUUUAUGUUACGCGGUUAUAAUAUAUCGCAAAAACAAGAUUUUAUAGAUGGACUUCGUUUUGUAUUUCUUAAAAUGCCUCAAGCAAAAGAAUUUUCAUUAGAUAUAGUGUUUAAUGAUAAUCACACUGAGAUUUUAGCAAGUAGAUUUCUAUUACCAAUGAAAGACAUAUCAAGUCAAGAUGAUGAGUUAAAAGUUCUUAAGGACCUCAACGAUAUUGUAGAUGAUUUGCCAAUGCCAAUAACUAUUCACAGCUUAACAUUCCAUUUACUAGAACAAGCCAUAGUUAUCAAGAAAAUGGCUGUACAGGUUGCAUUAUUAAGUGCACUAAUAAUAUGUAUUGUGUUCUUUAUAUUUGUGCCAAAUGUCGCUUGUGUUAUCUCGACGGCAUUUCAUGCCAUGUUUGUCAUUCCAGUAGUUUUCAGUGUUUUGGGACAUUGCGAUAAAUCUUUAUCAUUUAACUCAAAUUUACCCGAAAAAUUAGGAAAAGAAUUUAUUUUAAUUUCGGAAUCAAAUGAUUCGAAAUAA